AUGUCAUCGUCAAAAGAAGCACAAGAACAAUUGAAGCGUGAAGGCGAAGGUGCCCUCUCUACGUCUGAGUACUGGGACAAGCGCUACGCACAAGCUGAUGGCGAAAAUGCGACACAUGAAUGGUUUCGCUCCUUCUCAGCUUUGCUGCCGUUCUUGCAAACACAUCUUUUCGAUGCUCGACCUGUAGACCAGAAGCCCAGAAUUCUGCAUUUGGGUAGUGGUGAUAGCACAAUCCCUUAUGAUCUCUCAGCACGAGGAUAUAAAGAUCAGCUCUGCGUGGACUUCUCACACAAGGUUGUUGAAGUUAUGUCAGCCAAGGUCGACGACGGUGUAACAUGGGCUUGGGCCGAUAUCCGUGAUAUGCCUCAACAUAGCAGCAACAGCAUCGAUGUUGCGUUUGACAAGGGAACGAUGGAUGCUAUGAUUCACGGCAGUCCUUGGUCUCCUCCUGACGACGUGAAGGACAAUACCUCACGCUAUCUGACAGAGGUGCAUCGCAUCUUGAAAGACGAUGGAGUAUUCCUCUAUAUUACAUUCCGACAACCGCAUUUCAUUCGUCCAUUGCUGAGUGUCAACAACCUAUGGAGUCUGAAGAUGGAGACACUAUCAGCUGGCGAGAGCUCCUUCGAUUACUAUGGCUGGAUUCUCACCAAGAACGCCGCUGCAUCCGCAUAA